AUGCUGAAGCUUCACCGUCCUAUCAAACUGGGUCUCUACGUGGUGCCGAUUUGUCUUCAGGCUCAGAACAGUUCCUUUGGCCGGACACUGGCGACCAUCCGACACGCAAAUGUAUCUGGUUGGGGCCGCCUGGCACAGCACGGCCCUCCGGCCAGAAUCCUCCAGCGCCUGACGCUGCCGAGAGUCCCGCUGCAGGAGUGCCGCCUCCACACCAAGCUCAACAUCACCAGGAACAUGCUCUGCGCCGGGCGGAGGACCGGCGGGCAAGAUGCCUGCGGCGGUGACAGCGGUGGCCCUCUGGUCACGCUAUACAAGAAAACGUGGUUCCUGACAGGCGUGGUGAGCUGGGGUAAGGGGUGCGCCAAAGAAAACCUGUACGGCGUCUACACCAAAGUGAGCAACUUCCUGGACUGGAUCCAGAAAAUCAUGUCCACCGGAUGAACCUGUUCAGA